UAUUUUAUUAAUUAACCGAGAGUAAAUUUUUUAAAAAAGUAAACUAUAUAUUAGUAAUAAAAUAAUUAUACCCACUAUGGAAUUAAUCCGACUAAUUUUAAUCACAAUGUUUGUCUGCUUAAUAAUAACGCAGAUUAACAGGGCAGACCCACUGCUCUCAGUAAACUCAAUCUCAACCUCCAAGCAAACUUCCCUAAAAUCGGAGCUAAAAAAACUCAAGUACAAGUUUACAACGGAGAUAAAUGUUCGAUCACAAUUCAAGGACACUAUUGAAAUUACCAUCGAAGAUCCUUGCGAUCUUGAAAACCAAAACAAACGCGUGACUUGUAAACUCGACAACCCAGAUUUCUGCAAGUCGUGCCCUUACACCACUUGCAAGCACUUUGACAAAGAAGUAAAAAUUGGAACAAAUGUUAUUCCGAAGAAUGACGAGGGUGAAGGAUACUGUGUUGCGUUUAAAGACAUGUCAUCAGGCUGCAACGAGUACCACGGUAAUUGGGCGAUGGUAAAGGCCUCGUCUUUCAAAAGUAACCUCAAUCCAAAUACCUACAUCAGGUUCUGUCUCUGUAAACGACCUGGAUUUAUUGGCAACAUGACCCUGUUCGGGAGCUGUGAGCAUCCCUUUAUCUGCGACGGAGACGUCGUCGACAUAAACGUUUCCUACGAUAAAAUAAAGUGCAAGUGUCUCAACGAAUUCAAGUCGAAAGUCGUUGGAGACGGUUGGCACCGUUGCGUUGCUCCUUUUGUUGAGGAACGCGUCAACUGGUCAACCGUGCCCAAGCCCCAAAAAUUCGCCGAGUCUUUCAUCCCGGUAAAAACAUACUUUGACAAAAUGAUCUCUAAUUAUGUUGGAAACCUGGAUGAACUGACCGACCCCUGCAGCAGGUGUCCUGUUACUGGAAACCCGACCUAUGCCAGGUCAGUUACCAUUGACAAAAGUGGUCACCCUGAUGAUACCACGGUGAUCUGCCGACCGGCUGACAGUGAUGAAAUCAACCAGCCAAAUUGGGGCAUUCCUUUGAGGAGACAUACUCACAAUGGCAAUGAUGGAAAUAUGAAACGUCUGCUGAAAGGCUCCUGGGGUCCGGAUGUCAUGUUGGCUAUCAAGUGGAAGGAGCUGUGGGUCUACGGUGCCUCCAAUCAUGACGAUAAAGACAAGAGCCCGCAAGACUGCGUGUUUGUCUUUGAUUACCAAGACAACCAAGAUUUUUAUCUAAAGUUAGGACUGAAUCAAAAUUAUCAGUAUGCUAUAAACGCUGGGAAGGACGCUUUGCUAGGCCUAACCGUCUUACCAAUGUCAACGUUCACUCCAACGGUCUACCCUCACUGCUUGAGAGGAAAUGUUGAUGGCGGUUACGCGAUGUCUUUCAGUUACGGCUGCCGAAUCUAUAAUUUAAACCUGGCUUGCUUUGUCGAAGAACAUGAAAUCAAAGAUUUUAUAAUCAACAGCAAACAUAAUAACAUAUCCUCAACUUUUCUGACUCGGGCCUAUCAAGAAAGAUAUGGUUGGUAUUUCGUAAGUACUCAAAACUGGGAUUCGGUACAAGAAUUGGGACAUGCCUUUGGUGUAGCUCUAUAUGAAUUUAAUAAUAAAAGCUAUCAGUACCUGACUUACAAUCCAGCGAUUAAAACCGAUAAAACUCUUAAUCAGUAUUUUCCGUUUGUUGCCAUGCGGGUCAGACCAAUGCCGGAUGAAGAUAGGAAAAAUAGCCGUUGGAAACGGCAUCGAAUUUCCGGACUUCGACAUUUUGUUGUUGAUUUUAUUCUGACUGAUAAGGAGAGUAGUAAGAAAUUUCUCAUCCAACAUUAUCAUAAAGCUGACUCUAAUUUUGUAUAUAAGUGA